AUGACGAUUUUCUGGCAACUUAGCGCCGCUAUAUAUAGGCCCAAAGAAGGCAAUUACAAGCACUGGGCUCUCUAUUUAAAGCACAAAGAUGAUUGCUUGAUAUUCGAUGUCAAGGGACGGCACCCUAACUUCCGGCGCAGCGAGCGGCAAGCCAAUCCUCGAAACUCUCGCAGCUAUAUCAAGUCCAUCUACCUUGCAGAAGUAAGAGAAGAUGAUAUCAAAGCGUUUAAGGAGGCCGUCGCAGCUACAAAGGUGGACAACGAGACAUCAGAGUGGGAUUGCCAAGAUUAUGUACUGGAAAUACUGGACAAGCUAGAGGCCGAAUGUCUCAUAGUAGACGAUGACGACGACGGCGACGACGACGACGAUGAGGGGACCUAUAAGAAGCGGAAGGAGAAGCUUAAGAGCAUGCGUGCAGAAUACUAA